AUGGUGGGCGCCUUGCUGGACGAGGACCCGUUCCACAUCGACGUGCCCGUCACCGGCGGCACCUCGUCGUCAGCAAGCGUCCCCAUCCUGAGCCAAGUUCGCGUCCAGAACGCCCUCACCAAGCUGGAGGCGGGCGCGGUGGUGUCCGCGGUGCAGUCCGCGGGUUCGCGGCUCGCCCGCCUCCGCAACGAGUCGUCCCUGCCCGCCCUGGGCGUGGCCUUCGCGGCGGCGCGCUUCACGGACAACGUCGUCAACGCCGUGCUCGGCGAGAGGGGCGUCCGGGAGCACGCCUUCGUGGCGUGCGGCGUCGUGCCCGGGGUAGGUGGUGGACGUCACCCGCAAAGGGCGCGGCGCCGGAACGCUGCUAAGGGCACCUGA